CACGCCGUGCUCCGGGGCCGCUGGUCCCUGGGCACGGUGCGCUCUCUGCGGCCCCCGAUGGAGCCAACGGAUUACAAACUCCAGCGAAGUGGCGCACCGUCCUCCUCCUCCCCAUCCUUCACCCCAGAGUAAAAACCGGCGCGCGGAGCGCAUCCUCACCGUACUCGCCCCGCGGGAAUUGGCUUGAAAUCAGCUCUUUUCUCUCGGCUGUCAGAGCCAAGCCGGCCGAGCUCUGCAGUGUAGGGGAUUGAGAGAAAAAAAAAAAAAAGAGAGAGAAAAAAAACAACAUAUAGACAGAGAGAGUGAGGCGAGAGAGAUGGGUCCGGAGGCGGUUAGUUGUCCGUGAUUGUCAAGUGAACGGCGUUGAAGUUCUUCGGCUCCGCUCGGAUCUUUUCUGCAGGUCGUUGAGUGCGUGAUUGUGUGUUCAGCAUGAGUAACAUCUAUGAGUCUGCAGAGGCCACGCUGGGCUUCAUCAGCUCUCCGUGCCUGACCAAAGUGGAGCUGAGAGUGGCCUGCCGGGGGAUCUCGGACCGCGACGCCCUCUCCAAACCUGACCCUUGCGUGGUGCUGAAGAUGCAGUCGCACGGGCAGUGGUUUGAGGUGGACCGUACAGAGGUGAUCCGUAGCAGCAGCAGCCCCGUCUUCUCCAAGAUCUUCCUGGUUGAUUACUACUUUGAGGAGGUCCAGAGGCUCCGCUUUGAACUUCACGACAUCAGCUCUGGCAACAACGGCCUCCGUGACGCUGACUUCCUGGGAUCCAUGGAGUGCACCUUAGGACAGAUCGUCUCACAGAGGAAACUGACCAAAGCUCUACUCAAACAGGGAAACACUGCUGGAAAGUCUUCCAUAAUGGUGACAGCAGAGGAAUUGUCUGGUAAUGACGAUUAUGUUGAGCUCUCCUUCAGUGCUCGUAAGCUAGAUGACAAGGAUUUCUUCAGCAAAUCAGACCCUUUCCUGGAGAUUUUUAGAAUAAAUGAUGAUGGGACUGAGUCACUCGUGCACAGAACUGAGACGGUCAUGAACAACCUGAGCCCAGUUUGGAAAUCCUUCAAAGUUUCCUUGAACUCACUCUGCAGCGGUGAUCAUGAUAGGGAGCUAAAGUGCACAGUUUGGGACUGGGACUCUAAUGGUAAACAUGACUUUAUUGGGGAGUUUCAGACCACAUUUAAGGAGAUGAGGGCGGAGCAGGAGGGAAAACAGAUUCAAUGGGAGUGCAUCAACCCUAAAUACCAGAUGAAGAAGAAGAAUUACAGAAACUCCGGUGUUGUCAUGCUCAACCACUGUAAGAUCAUCAAAAUGUAUUCCUUCUUGGAUUACAUCAUGGGAGGCUGCCAAAUUCAGUUCACAGUGGCAAUAGACUUCACAGCAUCCAAUGGGGAUCCCAGAAACAGCUGCUCCCUCCACUACAUCCACCCCUAUCAGCCCAAUGAGUACCUCAAAGCACUGGUGGCUGUAGGGGAGAUCUGCCAAGACUAUGACAGUGAUAAAAUGUUCCCGGCAUUUGGCUUUGGAGCACUGAUACCACCUGACUUCAAGGUUUCACACGAUUUCGCUGUGAACUUUGAUGAGGACAAUCCUGAAUGUGCUGGGAUCCAAGGCGUGGUGGAGGCCUACCAGAAUUGCCUCCCUAAGAUCCAGCUGUAUGGUCCCACCAACAUUGCCCCAAUCAUCCAGAAAGUGGCCUCGUCUGCCUCCGAGGAGAUGCACACCAAAGAGGCCAUGGAGUAUUUCAUCCUGCUGAUCCUAACAGACGGCGUCAUCACCGACAUGGCGGACACACGCGAGGCCAUUGUGCACGCCUCCCACCUGCCCAUGUCCGUCAUCAUCGUUGGUGUGGGCAACGCAGACUUCACAGACAUGCAGAUACUGGACGGGGAUGACGGGAUCCUGCGUUCACCCAAGGGCGAGCCCGUCCUCCGCGACAUCGUCCAGUUCGUCCCCUUCAAGGACUUCAAACACGCCUCCCCAGCUGCCCUGGCUAAGAGUGUUUUGGCAGAAGUCCCUAACCAGGUGGUGGAUUAUUACAACGCUAAAGGCAUCAAACCCAAGUGUAUGUCAGACUAUGAGUCCACAAGAACCUUCAGCCCCUGACAAUGGACUAUAUGCACACAUACACUCAA